AUGAAAUGUCAUAGCAUAAUAUUUUUCUUCAUUUUGAUUAGGGAGACUUUAAGCUUUGAUGGAAAUGAUAAAAUAAUACUUAGUUUAUCUUAAUCAUUUAUUUCAAUUAUUGUCACUGAGUUGGGAGACAAAGUAAUAAUAAUUUAUAAUAAUAGACUUUCUUCUUAGCUGCUAUAAUGUCAAUAAAAUAUAAUAGAAUAGCAGUAUUAAUUGGUUCUACUCUUGCACUAAUAAUGAUAACAACAAUAAGUACAAUUUUUGGGAUAGUAAUUCCAGAGUUGAUUUCGAUGUUUUAUGCAUAGAUAGUAGUAUGUAUUGUUUUUUAUGGAUUUGGUGUUAAAUAUUUAUAUACAUGGUAUACUAUGUAAAAAGAGAAGGAUGAAUUAUAAGAGGUUGAAUAGGAGCUAACAACACUGGAUAGGAAAUUAAUGAAUUUACCAGAUCCUGAAACAGAUCAAGUUAACGAUAAUGUUACAAAAAGUAAGUAAUCCAAAUAUUGUUAAUAGAUUUUAUAUAAGUAUAAUUUUAAUCGGUAGUUUGGUAAGCUUUUACUUUAACUCUUUUGGGAGAGUGGGGAGAUAAAAGUCAAAUUACUACGAUUAGUUUGACAUCAAUAUAUAAUCCCAUUUAUGUAUUUAUGGGUGCCACUAUAGCUCAUUUAAUUUGCACAGUCAUAGCAGUUCAUGGUGGAAAAUUGAUUGCAAAUAAAUUAUCAGAAAAAAAUUUCAAUUUUCUUGGAGGUAUUACUUUCUUUUGCAUAGCACUUAUCAACACUUAUAUGGUAGUAUUUUUAUGA